AUGCCUACUGAUUGGAUGCAUUUGUCACUUACAGAAGAUCAGAGCGCAGUUGCAGAAUUGUUUUUGCAAUUGUCGUUGUUGCAUACGAAUUUUGCAAAAAUUCGGCAAAGCAGCAGCAGCAGCAAUUAUUAUUUCUUGUGGUGUAGAGGCGAUCUUAAACAAAAUUGCAAACGUUUGGAGAAACGUAACAUGCAAACAACACACACAGACAAGUAA